GCUGACUGACCAGAUGUUUCCUCCGCAACGUCCAAGUCCGGCCAGAAGCCCCCAAGUAGUGAAGCUUUUUGUUGGGCCGCUUGGGCUUGGUAUGCACGACAUUCCCCGCCCACCCGCUUCGUCUUCGCUUUUUUUUUAUCCCUUCAACGGCGAAAAGAAGAAUAAGAAAAGAAAGAAAAAGAGGUUGGGAGAGGGGGCGGUUGGCCAGGCUAUGUUCCGCAAGCCAUCUUCUUAUCGAUCUCCCACUCACUGCUUGACUCUAUGUACUAAACAGCCGGGCCGGUUAGCACCCAGCCUAGCGACGGGUGUUGCUAGUUUAUUUCGACGUCUGACAGAGGAGACGCCGGUUUCCUUGGUAAAUCCGAUGUCCGAGGUACGUGGAGGUUAAGGUCGCAUGUCAUAGAGAUCGUGCGGAAGCCCGGUACCAAGG